GGCGAUGGCCCAGUUAUUUCCAGCCUGGCCUCUUCCUCCUCCUCCUCUUCCUCCUCCUCUAGGCUGGCUGGCUGCAGCCUCUCCAUCUUGGCUGCCUGCAGACCCUCCCGCCUCCUUGUCCCUUCUCCAAGCCCACCCACACUUUUGCCUGCCUCUCUCAUUCUGGGGGGGGGGGGUAGUGUGUGUGCGUUCCUCGGAAAUGGGGAGGGGGUCUCCAGGAGAGAGAGAGAGAGAUGCUUUAGGCCCCUCUGUAAAAGGGAUGAAGGAUGGCUGGAAUGCAGUUUCUUUCUUUCUCUUUUUUUCUUCCUUUCCCUCCUUCCCUCCCUCCCUCUCUCCUCCUCUCCUGACGGUUUGAUUUUUCUGUCUUUGCUAAGCUGUACAUCCUCUCUUCUCCUUCUCCUCCGCUCUCUGGUCCAAAGCAGGCAGGCAGGCAGGAAAGAUUUGGGGGAAUUUAAAUCCUGUUUUUUUCCAAACCGACAUGGAUACGGAUUCCUCCGCUCGCCUCCUCGCCUUCUUCUUCUUCCUCUUCUUCCCAGACUCCGAAGGAGGCCUCCACCAGCGGCAACUGCUGAAGGACCUGAUGGAAGACUACCUCCCCUUGGAGAGACCCGUGGGCGAUGACGCCCAAGCCAUCACUGUCCACUUCACCCUCAGUCUUAUGCAGAUCAUGGACCUGGACGAAAAGAAUCAAGUCCUCAUCACCAACGUCUGGCUGCAAAUGUUUUCAAACCCAGUUUAG